CGCCCGGACUGGCGACUGCCCCGCGGAGCCUCAGUUUCGGGAGUGGGCAAGUGAGUGAGGGCGUGAGUGAGUGAGCCGGGCUGCUCUCCCGUCUCUCCUUCCCCGGCCCCCCAUGCGCCUGCCCGGCUGCCCUCGGCGGGGGCCAUGGCAAAGCUGCGGGUGGCCUACGAGUACACGGAGGCGGAGGACAAGAGCAUCCGCCUGGGCUUGUUCCUCAUCGUCUCCGGCAUCGUCUCGCUCUUCAUCCUGGGCUUCUGCUGGCUGAACCCGGCGCUGCAGGACCUGCAAGGCAAGGCGGCCAACUGCACGGUGCUCUCCGUGGCGCAGAUCGGCGAGUCCUUCGAGUGCACCUUCACCUGCGGCGCGGACUGCAAGGGCACCUCGCUCUACCCCUGCCUCCAGGUCUACGUCAACAACUCCGAGUCCCACGCCCGCGCCCUCCUCCACCAGGACGAGCACCAGCUCCUCGCCAACCCCAAGUGUUCGUAUAUCCCUCCCUGUGAAAGAGAAAAUGAGAAGAACUCUGACAUUGUAACCCACUGGCAGGAUUACUGGGAGGAUGAAGUUGGCUCUCAGCCUUUUACGUGCUACUUCAAUCAACACCUCAGGCCAGAUGAUGUACUGUUACGGCGCACUCAUGACGAAUCUGUCCUUUUGCACUGCUUCCUUUGGCCAAUGGUGACGUUCCUGGUUGGUGUCCUCAUUGUGGUUCUGACUAUCUGUGCAAAGAGCUUGGCGGUCAAAGCAGAAGCCAUCAAGAAGAGGAAGCACUCCUGAACAGAGUCCCUUGAAGGGAGAAGUGGAGGGAUUUUUCCGGAGUCGGGAGUGCCAAAUGCAAUUGGCAGGCACUUCGGUGGUGCUUCCUAGCAAUGCUCAUUCCCAGUGUAUUGCCAGCCGUUGGUUUGCUGAUGCCUGAAGAGUAAUCGUAGGUGACCACGCUGUGAAAUGUUAACUAGCUGCUUCUGCCACUAUGAAAGCCAACAUGUCUGUUCCACCAAAUGAUCCUAAGCUGCAACAAACUGGCUAUACCGCAUCAAUGAAAUAACCUGAAAGAUGGCGCCUCACUCCAGGUCUCCAGAUAGACUGAAGGACAGUUUGUGAAAACCCAAAGUAUGGUUGACUACUUCAUCUUAGCAAAACUCUUUCUUACCAUUUAUUAUUUAGUACUGAAUAUUUAUUAUUUCCUUUCUCAUAGAUUGUAUUUCUGAAAUAAUUAAAAAGGUGGUUGAUUUUUAA